AUGUUCCUGGUAAAGAAGAGCGAUGGGGGUGUAAGACCCAUUUUCGACCUCAGAGGUUUGAACAGGUAUGUCAUAACAAAGCCCUUUCAUCUAAUCUCCCAUGCGUCAGUACCAGAUUUCCUUCAGCCAGCAGACUGGCUGGUGAAGUUGGAUAUUUCCCAGGCAUACCUGCAUGUUCCUAUAGCUCAGGCACACCAGCGUUUCUUAUGUGUCAGCUAUCUAGGAGAGAUACUUCAAAUGACUGCCCUCCCUUUUGGCCUCUCUUCAGCGCCCCGCCUCUUUGCAGGGAUAACUUGCUGGGUCGCGGAGACUCUACGCAAGAGAGGUUGCCGUGUACUGGUCUAUCUGGACGACUUCCUCUUGGCCCAUCAGGACCGGACAGCAUUGUCCAUCCAGGCCUCGGAGGCUGUGGAGCUUCUCGGAUCUUUAGGCUGGAAGGUCAACCUCAACAAGUCAAUACUGACACCCACUCAAUCAGUAGAGUACCUAGGAAUUCUUUGGGAGACAAGAUCCAAUCGGAUGGGUCUAACAAGACAAAAGGAAGAAACAAUAGUACAGCUGCUUCAGAAGCUAGGUUCUCGGAGAACCUGCAAGCUCCGGGAGUUGCAACGCCUUCUGGGGCUCCUGAACUUUGCUUGCUUUGUGGUCCCAAGAGGACGACUUCAUUGCCGUCACUUACAAAUAUUUUCUCGCACCUUCAGGAAGGACACCCGCCACAUGCGAGACAUCCCUGGCCUAGCGCUCAAGGCGAUACAAUGGUGGCUCGGAGCCAUCCAUCAAGCAACAGUACCAAUGCACCUACCUCCAGUGCAGCACUUCCUCUCUACGGACGCGUCCGGAACCGGAUGGGGCGCACAUCUAGACAGGCUGACACUUGCAGGGACAUGGAACAAUCGCCAAAGGUUCUGGCACAGCAACAAGAAGGAGAUGUUUGCAGUGCUAUCAGCCAUAAAGGCUCAGGGGCACACCUUGAAGAACUCACAUGUCCUUUUGCAGACCGACAACCAGACACUGAUUGCCUACAUUCGAAAGGAGGGAGGAACAAGGUCGAUAGGUUUACUGAACCUCACAUUUCAACUACUGGCUAUGGUAGAUCGGUGGAACAUAAUGCUAUCAGCACAGUACCUGCCAGGCAGAUACAACACAAUAGCAGACCGCCUGUCGCGGAGUCAGCCCCUACCAGAGUGGCACCUGCUUCCAUCAGCCACCUCGGAGGUGUUCAGCCUAUGGGGCAAGCCCGAUAUCGACCUAUUCGCGUCAAAAAGAUCGGCGGUCGUCGCAAGAUACGUCAGCAUAGACCCAGCAGAUCGUGGAGCAAGUUUUAUCGACGCAUUCAGUCAGAACUGGGAUUACGACUUAGCAUGGAUUUUCCCUCCGCCAAACUUGAUACCACGAGUGUUGACGCACUUAAACAGUGCUCGGGGCACGUACUUGUUAGUAACGCCGGAUUGGACACAACCAUUCUGGAGGGCAGACCUGCAAUCACGAACGACAGAGGACCCUCACAAGAUACAGAGAUUGGAGGAGGUAUUGAUAGAUCUGACAACAGGCCGAACCCCACCAAUGGUAGGAAAACUAGCACUUCGGAUUUGGAAAGUUGGGGGUGGGGCCAGAAGAUAG